ACCCAGGGUCUAACGCGAAGAGCAGCAGAGCAGAAAGGCCGGCUCCAGGAUGGAUUUCAGUGGGACCCUCAGCAUCCUCCUGGCAAUAUGUGUCAUGUGCUUGUUACUCCUCUCGACCCGGAAGAAGAAAACCUGGAGUAACCUGCCGCCCGGGCCCACCCCCAUCCCGUUCCUGGGGAACAUGCUGCAGGUGGAGGUGAAGGAGCUGAUAAAGUCUCUGCGGAAGCUCAGCGAAACCUACGGCCCGAUCUACACCUUUCACCUGGGCUCCCGGCCCUGCGUGGUGCUCUCUGGGUACAAGGUGCUGAAGGAAGCCCUGAUCGAUAAGGCCGAGGAGUUCAGCGGCAGGGGAGACUUCCCGGCAGUGCAGAUGUGGAGUCACGGGAACGGGAUAGUCUACGGCACCGGGGAGCGGUGGCGGCAGCUGCGCCGAUUUGCCAUCACCACCUUCAAGAACUUCGGCAUGGGGAAGCGGAGCAUGGAGGAGCGGAUCAAGGAGGAGGCCCAGUACCUGGUGUCUGAGUUCCGGAAAACAGAAGGCAAACCCUUUGACCCCACCUUCUUCCUGAGCUGCGCCGGCUCCAACAUCAUCUGCACCCUGGUCUUCGGGGAGCGUUUCGAAUACACCGACGAGAAGUUCCUCACCCUGCUGAACUUGAUCAACAGCAACUGGAAACUCAUGAGCUCCACCUGGGGGCAGUUGCUGUUCACGUUCCCCAAGAUCAUGAGACACGUCCCCGGGCCCCACAGGCAAAUCUACAAGAACUACCUGAAGCUGGCCGCUUUCGUCGGCGAGCAGCUGAAGAUGCAUAAAGAGCUCCUGGAUCCCAACAACCCGCGGGAUUUCAUCGACUGCUUCCUCAUCAAAAUCCAGCAGGAAAAGCACAACCCCAACACACACUUUAACGACGAGACGAUGUCGAAAACCACUGUCAACCUGUUCUUCGCCGGGACGGAGACCGUCAGCUCCACCUUGAGAUACGGGCUCCGCAUCUUACUGCGACACCCUGAGAUAGAAGAGAAGCUGCACGAGGAGAUUGACCGGGUGAUCGGCCCCCACCGCAGCCCCUGCAUGGAGGACCGGAGCCGGAUGCCCUACACCGACGCCGUCAUUCACGAGAUCCAGCGCUUCGCGGACAUCGUCCCCAUGGGCGUGCCCCACACCGUCACCCGGGACAUUCAGUUCCGCGGCUACACGCUGCCCAAGGACUUGAACAUCAUCCCGCUGCUGUGCACGGCCCAGGCCGACCCCACCCAGUUCAAGAACCCCACCUGCUUCGACCCCUCCCACUUCCUGGACGAGAACGGGCGCUUCCGGAGAAACGACGCCUUCAUGGCCUUCUCGGCAGGGAAGCGGGUCUGCUUGGGCGAGAGCUUGGCCCUCAUGGAGCUGUUCAUCUUCCUCACCGCCAUCCUGCAGAACUUCACCCUCCGGACCCUGGUGGCGCCCGCUGAGAUCGACAUCACGCCCGAGUCCAGUGGCCUGGGGAGCAUCCCGCGGCCCUACCAGUUCUGCCUCCUUCCCCGCUGAGCCCUGCCUCCCAGCGGCCCCCCCCCCGGCUGCUGCCCCCCUUCGCUCCCCAAUAAAGGGACCUACCUUUCGCCAGCUCGCGUCCCACUCGGUGGGUUUUCCUGAAGGGCUGUGCAGGGAAAAGCCCCAUAACGCCCAACUUCAGCCAGGCUCAACGAGGCCACAGGAGCGGUCUUGCACCCCCAACUCUGAAACCGUCCCUUAG